GGGUGGUCCCGGGUCAGGGCGAUAAAUAGGAGGGACCGGCUCCGCUGCGAGCACGAGAGGAGCUGGGCUCGGAGCAAGCGGGACUGCGGAGUAGAAACCAGCCCCCGAACUCAGAGAGAACCCGAAAAACUCUGAAGACGUCUGCUGCGUUUUAGGGGAGAGACCUGUUGGAGUUUACUGCUGACACCCAGCUUUCGCUUUUCCGUUAACGAAAGAACGUUUCUUACAACCAGACAGACCUGCACAGAACUUUUUUUAUCGAGUAUUGCACUGGAUUUGAUUGGUUUUUAGAUUUUUUUUAGGUACUUAGGUAAUUUUGUGGAAGUUCAAAGACUCUGGGUUUGUAGCUUGUAGUGGAAAACAAUUUCAAAGGAUUUACGCGUUUCUUCCUAGAGACAAUUAUUAUUUCAUAUUCUCAUUCGGAUUUUUAAAGUUUUAUAAUGUGGCUUUUAGGCGUUUCCAUGUGCGUGGUUGCGUGCGUCAGCGUGGCGCACGGCGCCUGGGAGGAGAGCACCGUGGUGCCGGUCAGACUCGAUCCAAGCGGCCGCUCAGAGCCGUGGCGGACUCUUUCCGCAGACGAGAAGGAGAAGGAGGCGGAGAUGCGAGUUUACCGCUUGGACGUAUUUGGCGAGGAGCUCGUGCUGAGGCUCGAACCCGACCAGACGUUCUUGGCACCGGGCUUCGUCUUCCACGUUGUCGCCGCCCCCGAGUUCAAACCCAGCCCGGAGCCCCGGAGCGGCGCCGAACCGGGCUGCUUCUUCUCGGGGACCGUGAACGGAGAGGAAUACUCCGCCGCCGCGCUCAACCUGUGCCACGGGCUCGCGGGCGGAUUCUACUUUCGGGGCGAAGAGUACUUCAUCCAGCCCCGCAACGCGAGCGCGCGCCCGGGUGCCGAGGGCGACGUGCACGUGAUCCGCCGCAGAGGUCGCGCACCUUUGGCCGACGAGGGCAGCUCCAAGUGCGGCGUCAACGAGGACGAGGAGAGGGUGCCAAAGAAUCUGGACGAGGAAGCCAAGCGGGACGCGAGUAGAGCGGGCGACACCGCCCACCACAGGAGCAGGCGCUUCGUCUCCACCCCGCGCUACCUGGAGAUCAUGCUGGUGGCCGACCAGUCCAUGGCCGAGUUCCACGGCGCCGGGCUCAAGCCCUACCUGCUGACCGUCAUGGCGGUGGCGUCGCGCCUCUACCGCCACCCCAGCAUCCACAACUCCAUCAGCUUGGCGGUGGUGAAGCUGCUGGUGGUCUACGAGGAGGAGCGGGGCCCCCAGGUGUCGUCCAACGCCGCCUUGACCCUGCGCAACUUCUGCCAGUGGCAGAAGCAGCACAACCCGCCGAGCGACCGCCACCCGGAGCACUACGACACCGCCGUGCUGUUCACCAGGACGGACCUGUGUGGAGCGCACUCCUGCGACACUCUGGGCAUGGCAGACGUCGGCACCGCGUGCGACCCGGACAGGAGCUGCUCCAUUAUUGAGGACGACGGGCUGCAGGCGGCUUUUACUGUGGCGCAUGAGCUCGGCCACGUCUUCAACAUGCCCCACGACGACGCCCAGCUGUGCUCCAGUGUCAACGGGGACCACUGGGGCUCCCACAUGAUGGCGUCCACGCUCUCCAACCUGGACCAGCGGCAGCCGUGGUCGCCCUGCUCCGCCCUCAUGGUCACCACCUUCCUGGACAACGGCCACGGGCAGUGCCUGCUGGACAAGCCGGUCAAGCCUCAGCCCCUCCCCCAGCCCCUGCCCGGCUCGGUCUACGACGCCGACCACCAGUGCCGGCUCACCUUCGGCGAGGACUCCCAGCACUGCCCCGACCUGAGCACCACCUGCGCCGCUCUGUGGUGCACGGUGACCACGUCCAACGGUUUGCUGGUGUGCCAGACGAAGAACUUCCCGUGGGCCGACGGGACCCCGUGCGGGCACGACAGCUACUGCCUGGCCGGCCAGUGUCUCACCAAGAGUGAGGCUGCCAAGCACCAGAGUCCAGUGAAUGGCGGAUGGGGAGUGUGGGGCCCCUGGGGCGACUGCUCCCGCACCUGUGGUGGGGGGGUGCAGUAUUCCUUCCGGGCCUGCGACAGCCCUUUGCCCAAGAGUGGGGGAAAGUACUGCGAGGGCAAGAGGAUCCAGUACCGCUCCUGUAACACAGAAGCCUGCCCCGACGCCGACGGCCUGUCGUACCGCGAGGAACAGUGCCUGGCCCACAACGACAUGUCGGCCCAGGUGUCUCUGGGUUCAGGCGAUGGUGUGGAGUGGGUGCCCAAGUACGCGGGCGUGUCACCCAAAGACCGCUGUAAGCUGGUGUGCCGGGCCAAGGGGACGGGAUACUUCUUCGUCCUCAAAUCUAAGGUGGCGGAUGGCACACCCUGCAGCCCCGACUCCACCUCCGUUUGUGUUCAAGGCCAGUGCGUCAAGGCCGGGUGCGACCGCGUCAUCGGUUCCAGCCGGCGCUUCGAUAAGUGCGGCGUGUGCGGAGGAGACGGUUCCACCUGCAAGAAGGUGUCCGGCUCUCUGGAUCACGCCAGGCCCGGUUACCAAGAUGUUGUUACCAUCCCUGCUGGCGCCACCCAUCUGGACAUCAAGCAACGCGCCCCCGGCAACGGUCGUCAAGACAACAGCUACUUGGCGGUGCGCCGCCAGGACGGGACCUAUCUGUUGAACGGCGACUACAAACUGAUGACCAUGGAGACCGACAUCACCCUACGAGGGGGCCUGCUGCGGUACAGUGGCUCGUCUACCUCCCUGGAGCGCCUCCGGAGCUUCUCCCCGCUCCCGGAGCCCCUCACCAUCCAGGUGCUGUCUGUUGGGGAAUCUCCGAGACCUCGAGUCAAGUACAGCUACUUCGCCCCCAGGCCCAACCCUACCGUCCGCCGGCAGUCCAUUAAUGCCAUCCGCGAGGUGGGAGGAGCCGAGUGGACCUUGAGGGAGUGGGGUCCCUGCUCGCAGACCUGUGGAGAAGGCACUCAGCAGAGGGAAGUGGUGUGCGUGGACCCCCACGGUCGUCCUUCCAGAGACUGUCCCGAGGAGCUGCGCCCCUUGGCCUCAAGGUCCUGUGCCUCGCAGCCCUGUCCCACUUGGCUUCUAGGAGAGUGGUCGGUAUGCUCCAAGACCUGCGGCCGAGGCUUCCGCAAGCGCCCGCUGCACUGCCUCGGCCACGACGGGCGCACGCUGACCCACGAGAGCUGCGACCCCAAGGGCCGGCCGCGCCCCCUACUGGAACUGUGCAAUCAGGCUGCCUGUUAAAGACUGCUUCCACAAUCCUAACCUCCAGUGAUCCAGCCAGUGUUCAGAGCGAAAUACGAACGCCACCGCCUCCGACGAGGCCAAUGAAUGUUUACAUCUGGCGCUAACGGCACCGCGGCAACCACGGCGGCCACAUCCGAUGACGUUUACCUUGUCCUCCGGUCACAUCUGGGGCGAAUGCAGCGAAAGCCUUUUAAGCCUUUUGUUGAGGGGAAGAGAGGAAGAGUGAACAUUCCUGGUCGCCUUUAAGAGCACGCUGCUCAUCAUGCCAAUGUCAUGCUUGUGUGUGUGUCUGACAUGAGAUUGUGUGAAUGUUUUUUUUUUGAUUGUUUGAAGCUUGUAUAUAAUGUUUGUCCAAGCUGGGCUGGACAGACCCACAUGGGGGUUAACGCAGAGUAUAUAAAGAAGCACGUAUAAGAGAAUAGCUCCUAUUCUACUUGGUCGUCCCAUCAGGUAUGGAAAGUGAGAAAGCUCAUAGUCAUAGUGUUUAUGUUCAAACUUGCCAGUCUACAUUUAUUUAUCACAAACCUGUAGCACUUCUUUUUUGUUUUUGCCAGCGGCACAUUGUAACAGCCAGUUGUCUCUAAAUGCCUCAGUACACCUUUGUCCUUUAGCCAUACCUUGCCGUCGUCCACACAGCCGGCAAUGAGGGAACUUGUUAAAAGACCAAAGAAGAGUGUGUGAGUGUGUGGAGACCUGUAGAGGGACUUGUCUCCUGCUACUACUUCAUAAGUAAGUCUCUCCUGCCUUCCGCGAAGGCACCCUGAUUUUUUUCUAGCAAGUUUUUUUUUUCUCUUUUGUACAGAAUAUCCAAACAUUAUUUAUUUUUGUACAGCCUGUUUAAUGUAAUCUUGUGGCUUAAAAAAAACAUUAUUGUUUAUUUGUCAUUGAGAUCACAAAAGGAAUUAGAGUAUAUAGAGUAUUUAUACAUUGUUAUAUAUAUAUAUAUAUAUA